AUGCAGAAUCGUAAAAAUGAUUGUGAUAAUUCCAAUAUUAACGCAUUGAAUGGCCUGAAAAAUACUAAAAAUCUUCAAAAAUCUGUUGCAAACUAUUCUUCUUCUCUUUCCUUGGAUCAACAAUCCAAUCAAAAAUCGUCACCAAAAACUGUUAGAUUUGGUCAAAAGCGAUCAUCCCAAAGGGAAUCUUCGAACUUCGACAAAAGCCUACAAAUGUCGAAAAACUUAUCAAGCAAUUCAUUAUCAAACAGUCGUUUAACUUUAACUCGUCAACGAACUUUAAGAAAACAUCCAAUAAAUACGCAGGGAAGAGAAAUUAUACAAAAUUGUUUUGAUGAACCUCAUCGAGCAAUUGGAGAAAAGAUUUGUUUUCGUUUAAUGGAAAAACGUAAAGAUUAUCGCACUUUCGCUGAGCGGCUUAGAACUUCAUCGACGUGUGAUUUCGCUAACGAUUUGCGCACAUUUUUGGAUGAGAUCGUUAAAAAUAAUAUUAUCGCGAUAAAGCGUUGUCAAAGAGAAAUAAAAUAUUUUUUAGAUUAUAGAAGAGCAUUCGAAUUAUUACGCAUUAUUACGCAAAAUUUAAAGAUUGAUGAUAUCGAAAUGAUUGAGCGAACAUCGUACCGCUAUGGUGCAAUGCAUGCUGAAUUAAAAAGGCACGGAUUCAAAUCGGAAUUUUGGGUACCAAUGGCUGAUUUAAUAUUUUCCGAGGCUGUGCGACUCGAUUUGGCUAAUCAUCAACCAUCAGAUACAGCAACAGCUUGGACUCAGUUAAUAACAAUAGUAUUUUCUUCAAUGAGAGAUGGAUAUUACGAUGCAAUAAAACAAAGGAGGCAAUCAUCAAUGAAACGAAGUGUUCAGAGCACUGUCGAUUUUCGCGGCACAACGAAUUCAACAACGAAGGCUAUUCAAGAUACAAAGAAUGAGUUAAAAGCUUCAACUUCAUUGGAUCUUAGGGACUCAUCAAAUCUGUUGCGCGGAUCUGAUAAGAUAUUAUUACCAUCACCACCAACUAUACUUACUACUACUAAGAAAAUUGAAUGGACGUAA